AUGGCUAGAGUAAAACUCGUCGCUCUGCUCUCCAAUAUCGUCACAUCCACCCGAGAACUGUACCAAGAGCUCAAGUUCGCCAGCGCCCACCACGCCGCCCUUUCUACGCAGGUUGACAGCACGAAAAAGACCAUCGAAUUCGCCGCAAAUGCCCUCUCCGACAUCAUCGAGCGCUGCCCCGACGGCGCCCUCAGCCACGUCGUCGACCCCGCCCAGCUCCGGCGCCUCCUCCGCGACUGCGCCGCCCGCAUCGAAAACGCGAAAGAGAUCCUCUGGCGCUGCCGCGUCGCCGGCAUGCGGGGCCGCCUACGCUUCGCCCUCCGCCGGGCCGACGUCCAAGCCAUCCUGCGCGACCUGAGCCCCGUGGCGCUCUGGCUCUGUGUAAACCUCUCGGCCGUCGUGGUCGGGCUCGCGCGCCGGCUGGCCGGCGCCGCGGAGGCGGGCGCCUCGCUGGGCGAGGAGAAGCUGCUACUCGCGAGGGCGUUUGGCGGCCGCGCGUGCGUCGAGGCCCAGAUGAAGGAGGCGCUGGAGGCCGUGGCCGCGCUGAUGGGGCCGGACCCCGCGGCGGGCUUGGCGAGGGAGGCUCAGAAGAAGAAGGAGGGGAAGAGUCGCGGGGUGGAGAGGAGGAUGAGCCUGUCGGAGAGGAAACCGGACGCUCGUGAACCUGCUGCGACGACGGCUCGCGAGGAGGUUGGGGAGGGUUCCGAGAAGCAUGAGCGACACACCCCGUCCACCGGGUGGUCUAUACAGCGUAUCCCCACGGGAAACAUGAUGAAGAAGGGCCUCUUGCUCGCGCCCCAGGCGACGGCGGCCAUGGCUGCAGAGAGGAGUCCGAGCAGGUACGUGCCACUCCCGACGCCCGCGCCGACGGACUCGACGGUCAGCCGGCGUACGAAAAGGGGACUGAACCCUUCCUUGCACCGACCGCCUCCUCCGGCUGUACCAACGCCCCCGAGCAAUAAUGGUGGCCGCGCGCUGGAGCUCAUGAGCGGCGCGCUCGCGGCCCUGGACUCGCGGAGCAGCUUCUCCCUCCACCAUCGGAGUCAGCUGUACAAGAUCGGGUUCGGCUCGAAUCGCGCGAGAUCGCCGCAUACGCCGUGGCGACGGUCGAGAUCGAGCAGCGGUGCCGGAUCAUCGGGUUCAUCUUCCAGCGGGGUGCGUUACCACUGGCCCCGUCCAGCGACCACCACGCAAACCGCGCCCGAAGAGAGACCAGACGAUUUCCUCGACGCAUUUGCGAGAAUCAUGGAGCAGAAGCAACAGCAAGCAUCCUCCACAACCAACAACGCGGCGAACCCCGUGAGCAAACUGAACUGGGCACCAGGCACGUGGUUGGGCAUCGCGGGAUGGGUCGACGCGGCGUGGGCCUUCCUCUUCUUCCAGAGACAGGACGGCUGGGUCCAGCUCUCCCUCGUUCCCGACGACAGCGCCCGAAGCGCCGUGCUCCUCGAGCCCAUCAUCCAAGUCCCGGUGAACUCGCCGAUGCACUGCGAAGUCACGCGGGGCUACCACGGACGCACCGUCAUCCGCCUCUUCAUCUUUAUCAAGGACGAGGACGAGUCCUACGCCCUGCUGGGCCAUGGAGCGGUUCGAGAUCCACCCGCCGCCCCCGGCGGACCGCAGGUGGAGGAUCUCAUCGCCUGGGACACGGGCAUGUCGGUGCUCCUCGCCGCCUCGGCCUCGGGCGGCGUAGUGAGCGUGUACGAACGCACGAGCCUGACGGGGAACUGGGAAUCUAUCCCCUACCCGGAAAAGAUCCCCGUGGAGGCGGGCGACUACAUCUUCCACACCGAGCUUCCGGGCAGCCACAAGGUGCGAUUGCGAAGGCUCAACGGCGCGGGCAUUACGCAUGGCAGCGGCGCGCGCCUCAACGUCCUCGGCAAGGAGGUCGACUGGCACCGCCACCCGCCCAAAGCCUCCCCGGGCUCCUGCCGCGUGGUGCACAACGCCAACGGCACGGUGGCGGGCAUAUUCUGCCAGACGGCCGAAGACGACAUCUACCUGUUCCGCGGCCACCCCUGGUGGAACGACCUCCACUCGCCCGAAUUCGUCUGCUCCGUCCUGCCGGGCUCCAAGUUCGUCGUGUCCGAGAGCCGACGCAUGCUCAUCUUCGUGUCCCGCGAGAACGAGAUGCAGCGCGUCGACUUUGGCCUCGACCGCGAGGGCGAGGUCACCAUCGAGACCGUCGGCCCCCUCUUUUCCGGAAACUGCGUGGCCACCACCUUGCCGGACUUGCUGCUCAAGAGCCCCAUCGACGACUACCUGCAGUACCGGCCCCUCUACCAGGGGAGCAGCGCCGACUACUACGACACCGAGUCUUCCUCGUCCUCGUCGUCCUCUUCUUCGGGCCACCACAACGGGCUGGAGCACGGCGCCUCCACUGUCACGUCCAGUUCGUUUCGGUCGUCGCCAUUCGAUGACGCGAGCCGCUCUUGGUUAGGCCUCCCGGAGACGGACACGGCCCCGCUAUUGGGCUCGCAGGCGACGUGA